GGAAGGGAACGGAAGAGCAGCCUCCGCCGUCGACGCUGCUCUCUCUGAGGGGAACUGAGGAGCGGGCUCUGUUUGGUCGCCGUGGGGGAGGGGCUGCAGGCGGUGACGUCAUUGACUGAGGUUUGAGAGGAAGCUGAGGGAAGAGGAGCGCGCGCUCGAGAGCCCAGCGGGGCCAGUUCGUCGUCUCUCAGCAACCAGGUCUCCGAAUGAGUGGAUCAUGAGGAACAUACUUUAGGGACUUGCCAUAGUAUGGCUGCUUCUCGAUCUACUCGUGUCACAAGAUCAACAGUGGGUUUAAAUGGUUUGGAUGAAAAUUUUUGUGGCCGAACUUUAAGAAACCGUAGCAUCGCUCAUCCAGAGGAAGUUUCUUCUCUUCCACAAGUAAGAUCAAAAUCACCAAAGAAGAAAUCAGACUCUCUGCAGACACAGAAGGGAAACAACAGUGGGCGAACAAAUGAUGUGAAACAGCAGAAUUCUAGAGAAUCAUGGAUAAGCCCUAGAAAGAGAGGACUAUCAACUUCAGAAAAGGAUGUUGUUGAGAAACAAACUGUGGAGAGUUGUGAAAAGAAACAAGUGGAACCUGUCUCACCAGUUGUAAAGAGAAAUAAGCGUUGCCUACGUUCAGAGACACAAAAUAGUUCAGAAGAAGUGCUGCCUUCUAAAACCGGGAAAGAACGAUUGGAACGCAAAAGCUCAGUAUCUGACAAUGUUGCGGUCACUCCAGGGCCUAAACGAGCUUGUCGAUGUCUUAUAUUGGACGAUAGUGAUAAAAGGGAAGUUAAAAAGGUGAAUGCUUGUGCAGAAAGAUUUAACAGUUCCUCAGUGUCAGAAGAACUUUCAGGUUGUAAGUCUGUCAAUGGGGUUGAUGGGAGAAAUUCAGAUGCUUCGAGAUGUGAUGACUGUCAGUCUGAUGGGAGCACUACACGGAACAAUGCUGAUUUCUGUUCAUCAAAGGAAAAAAAUAUAACAGAAAAUGGAAACACAUUGGCUCGUUCAUCGUUUGGUCUCAAUAGGAGUAAGGAAGACAGUUUUGUAGACCACAGUGUGCCUUGCACAAAUUCACAAGAACAGGUAAAAUUGGAGGACCACAACCAGUUGAACAACUGUUUGCCUGAGGAAACUGCUAAUCAGGCACAUGGGUCAGGUACGGGUACAGGGUCCUUUUCUGAAAUCCAGUCAUCUUUAUUAAGGGAUUCUGAGGAGGAAGUAGAUGUGGUAGGGGAUUGCAGUGCCUCAAAGAAACAGUCUGAAAAUACCAACAAUAACCUGGACAGUUGUCAAGACAGUACAUUAGUCUCAGGUGAACCUGAACCAUCAGUAUUGGACUGCAUUCCAUCCCAAAUUAUAUCGGCACCAGAAUCUCAAGAACACAGAUACACACUGAGAACAUCACCGUGGAGGGUGUGCCCUACAAAAGGUAGCCCUACAAAACAUAACUCCCCAUAUAGAGAAAAUGGACACAUUGAAGAGAGCAAUCAUAGUGUACCUGAAAAGAAUGUGGAAUCAGGUAUUACGAUUAUCAAUCAAUCUACUAUAAAGACAGACAUUAUUUCAAAUGAAAAAGAGAGAGGUUGUGAUUCUGGGGACAAUAUAGAUGAAGGACUAAGUAGACCACCCUCAGAAGCUAGAUUUGUUAUUGGAUCGCUACCAUCUGCCAAAGAGAGUGCCAAUCUUCAUGCUAUAGAGGAUGAGGAGGAAGAGCCUGAUGUGUAUUUCUUUGAAUCAGAUCAUGUGGCAUUGAAACACAACAAAGAUUAUCAGAGACUGUUACAGACGAUUGCGGUACUCGAGGCUCAGCGUACUCAAGCAGUGCAAGAUCUUGAGAGUUUAGGCAGACACCAGAGAGAAGCACUGAAAGAUCCCAUUGGAUUUGUGGAAAGUCUUCAAAAGAAGGUUGAUGUAGGGCUACCAAAUCCACAGAGAGUUGUCAAGCUGCCAGAAAUAUCAUGGGACCAAUAUACAACAAGUCUUGGGAAUUUUGAAAGAGAAUUCAAAAACCGAAAACGUAACAGUAGACGAGCUAAGCUUAUUUUUGAUAAAGGUUUGCCUACAAGACCAAAAAGCCCUUUAGAUCCCAGAAAGGAUGGAGAGCCUACUUCUUAUUCUGUGUUGCCUUUUAGUGAUUGUCUAGAAGCUUCAGCAAAUAACCGUCCACAGCAGAUGAUAAGAGGACGACUUUGUGAUGAGACCAAACCUGAAAGCUUUAACCAGCUGUGGACUGUGGAAGAACAGAAAAAACUUGAACAAUUACUCUUGAAGUAUCCACCAGAAGAAGUAGAAUCUCGGCGAUGGCAGAAAAUUGCUGAUGAACUGGGAAACAGAACUGCAAAGCAGGUUGCCAGCAGAGUGCAGAAGUAUUUCAUAAAACUGACUAAAGCUGGUAUUCCUGUUCCAGGCAGAACUCCAAACUUGUAUUUGUACUCCAAAAAGUCCUCUAAUAGGCGGCAGCAUCCUCUGAAUAAACAUCUCUUCAAGCCCUCAACUUUCAUGACAUCCCAUGAACCUCCUGUAUAUAUGGAUGAAGAUGAUGACAGAUCCAGUUUUCACAGUCAUAUGGCCACUGCAGCAGAGGAGGAACCAUCGGAUGACGAAAGUAUACCUGUAGCAUAUCGAGAAUUACCAGAAUAUAAAGAGCUGCUCAAACUGAAAAAGCUGAAAAAGCAGAAGUUGCAGCUGAUGCAUGCAGAAAGUGGCUUCAUUCAGCACGUAGGCUUUAAGUGCGAUAAUUGUGGAACCGAUCCAAUUCAAGGCAUUCGAUGGCAUUGUCAAGAUUGCCCUCCAGAAAUGUCAUUGGAUUUCUGUGAUUCUUGUUCUGACUGUCUCCAUGAAACAGAAAUUCACAAGGAGAAUCACCGGUUGGAGCCUGUGUACAGAGCAGAAAUGUUCUUAGAUAGAGACUAUUGCAUGUCUCAAGGCCCCAGUUAUAAUUAUCUUGAUCCCAACUACUUUCCUGCAAAUAGAUGACAUGGGAAGCAUACCUGCGGCCUGAAGCUUAGUAUCCUCUUUGAAAACCCAACAGUGAUGGCACUGUCAUUGAUUUUGUGCCCACGUUGGAAUGGCAUUGACUUUCCCAGAAAUGUCAUCCACAGCAUGAGAGCUUCCCAGGUGCUCUCGUCAAAAUAUCGCUCUCAGAUGUAUCAUGAUAUCAGAUCACUGAACAGAGGUUGAACAUUCCUAGUGUGCAGGAAGCUUUACUGGGAAGAUUUCGUUUUCACCAUAUUGGUCAUAUUGUUUUUUGAGAUGGUGAAUCUAAAGAGAGGAGUUACAAAAGUGUGGCCAGAAAUGAAAGCACACAUUAAAGAUAGUUGAUUCCAAAGGCAUAAAGAAGUUGGCUAUUAUGAAAUGUGGAGGUGAUGAAGUACUUACAUUAAAAACAGUUUAGUAGUUUGCAGUUUUGUUGUGAAAUAGUUUUCAGUACAGAAACUGACUUCUUUAGGCAAAGUUUUAACCUAUGACAGUGUUUGCUUCUAAAAUAUACUUUCAAAACAAUCACUGUCCCCAUGAUGGUCAGUCAUAGGCCUUGGAGCUGCUUAAUCUGAUUGAUGUUUCUUUACCUUUUUAUUUCUUUUUCCUUUUCACCACAACAGACCUUUUAAUUUAGCAACAGUGAAGCACUACAGGAGGCAAUUGUGGCAUUGUUUCCUUAACCAGCUCAUGGUGUGUGAAUAUUAUAAUAAAAUUGUCACGCAAAUAUAUUUUUAAAUGUAAUGUUAUAUAAGAUGACCAUGUGAUGUGUACAAAAAUAUGGUGAAAAGUGCCAGUGGUAGUAACUGUGUAAAGUCUCUAAUACCCAACAUUAACUCCUAUAAAGUAAAAUACACAGCCUUCUGCCUCUGUAUUUGGAGUUGUUAUUGCAACUCAUCAAAGAAAACUGCCUAAUAUAAAUCAUAUAUGGUAAUAAUUUUCCUCUUUUGUAGUAUGCACAAGAUCCAUGAAAGAUUGUAUUUUUAUUACUAUUUAAACAAGUAAUUAAAUUUAGCCUGAGCAGUGAGCAAAGGUUCACAUGCAUUCUUUUAUACUGCUGGAUUUUGUUGUGCAUCAUUUAAAACAUUUUGUAUGUUUCUUCUUAUCUGUGUAUACAGUAUGUUCUUAAAUAAUGUUCAUUUGUCAGGAGAACUGUGAGAAAUAAACUAUGUGGAUACAGUCUGUUUAUAUAUAGAAUGCUUACUGUGACUUUUUUCUGAGGAGGUUUGACAUUAGAACCAGCAAGUUGAGAAUGGCACUUUGCCCAUCUAUGAAAAGGAUACCUGAUUCUCUUAAGAGGAUUCAGUGUGUUUUGGUAGUCAUCAUCCAGAUGUCUUAUUCAACCUCUUCUAGGAUAAUACCCCAACAAUCUGAUAUUAACACACCAGUUCACAGUCCUGUGUGCACUCUUGACUGGUAGAGAGAUGACUUGUGCAUCUGCUAUUCUGUUCAAUUUGAUGGAGGAAGCAAAUUAGUUCAGCUAGAAGACUGCUCACUCAGAAAUUCUUCCUCCUUUGAAAUGAAUGGUGCUGCACAUCUGAAUUUCUAGGUCUUUAAGAAACCCCUGGAUCAGUUAUGUUGAAGAUAUCAAGUAAGGCUUUCAUGUAACUUGUUUAUCACUAUGAUGUACAUUAAUCUUUUUUUUUUAACAGUCCCCCUCCCAUUAAAAAAGAAAGGCAUUUGGUACACUUUCUUAGCCUGAAAUGAGCAAUGAUUGAAAAAGCUUUGUAAUAUCUGCUAUAUAUUUUUAGCUAAUAUAUCAUUUUGAUAUGUAUAACCUGUGAUUCAAAAAUGCGGUUUAUUUUAAUUGUAAUAGAUUUCCACUUGCUUAAAAAACUUGAAUUUUCAUAGUGACUUAGAAUAUAUGUUUACCUUAAACUCUGGCAGUUAAUUAAAUAAUGAAGAAUUGGCUGGUGCAUUUGAUAACAACAUUAAUUUCAGUUUGAUCACAGUGUUAAUUUUCACAGUUUGUUCAGGUGUAAUCAAUUUUUGUUAAAGGAGUUUCUGCAUUUUUAAAAAUAUAUUGAGUAGAUGAUGCAGUACCGUUUCUAAAUGACUGAGCAGUAUAAUACAUCGUCUGUAAGCAUAUCUCAUUCUUUGAGAAAUUUAAUAAACCAAAAUAUAUAUAAUGUUAAAGAACA